AUGCUUUUUAAACUGAGGCUUUACGCCAUAAUUGGCACCCUCAUCUCGAUGGCAGCGUGCCAGAGCACCACAGCUCCAGCAUCAGCAUUUAACCUGUCCUCACUUACCCUGCAAGACGGCCGCUUCCACGAGAACCAAGAGCGCACCCUCGCGUACCUCAAAUUCAUCGACGUAGAGAGCCUCCUCUACGUCUUCCGAGAAACCCACAACCUGUCAACCCAGAACGCAACUCCAAACGGCGGCUGGGACGCGCCCGACUUCCCCUUCCGCUCGCACGUCCAGGGCCACUUCCUGACUGCGUGGGCACAAUGCUGGGCGAGUCUGGGCGAUGAAACAUGUCGCGACCGCGCGACCUAUUUCGUGGCUGAGCUGGCCAAGUGUCAGGCGAAUAACGAGGCCGCCGGGUUCACCGAGGGGUACCUGUCCGGGUUUCCGGAGAGCGAGUUUACUCUUCUCAGAGAGGGCAGGCUCCAGAACGGUAACGUGGCGUUUUACGCUAUGCACAAGACGCUCGCGGGUCUGUUGGAUGUUUGGCGGUAUAUCGGUGAUUCAACGGCGCUGGAUGUCUUGCUUGGACUUGCGGGCUGGGUUGAUGCGUAUACCAGUGGACUGAGUGAAGUGCACAUGCAGCAGAUACUGCAGACGGAGUUCGGCGGGAUGCCUGAUGUUCUUGCGGAGAUUUACCUCGAUACCAAGGAUGAGCGGUGGCUCGUUACCGCUCAGCGGUUCGACCACCAUGCUGUGCUGAAGCCGCUGGCAGAGAACGUUGACGACCUCAACGGGCUGCAUGCGAACACUCAGGUGCCGAAGUGGAUUGGUGCGGUCCAUGAAUACAGGGCGACGGGCAAUAAGACGUAUCUCGACAUCGCGCGUAACGCGUGGCAGAUGACGGUGAAUACGCAUACCUAUGCCAUCGGGGGAAACAGCCAGGCCGAGCAUUUCCGCGCUCCGAACGCCAUUGCAGGCUAUUUGGCGGCUGAUACGUGUGAGGGAUGCAACUCGAUCAACAUGCUCAAGCUCACGCGCGAACUGUGGCUUCUGGACUCGGCCGAUUCGGCAUACUUUGAAUUCUACGAGAACGCGCUCCUGAACCAUCUACUCGGCCAGCAGAAUCCGGAUGAGCCGCACGGCCAUGUCACGUACUUCACGUCGCUGAACCCGGGCGGGAGGCGUGGCGUCGGACCGGCCUGGGGCGGCGGCACCUGGAGUACGGACUAUGAGUCGUUCUGGUGCUGUCAAGGGACAGCGCUCGAGCAUAAUACGAGGCUCGUGGAUUCGGUUUACUUCCGUCGAGAUGAGACGUCGACGCUGUACGUCAAUCUGUUCAUCCCGUCUGUGCUGGACUGGACGGAGAAGCAGACGAAGAUCGUCCAGACGACGGCGUUUCCGCUCGAAGACACCACGACUUUGACCAUCAAAACACAGCAGCAGCCCAGCGAGUGGACGCUCCAGGUUCGCAUCCCUGAGUGGACUUUCGACCCGGAAAUCAAAGUCAACGGGGUCGACUAUACCACGUUACUGCAGCCUGGAACAUACGCAGCCAUCACACGUACCUGGUCGGACAGAGACACAGUGCAGCUCCAUUUUCCAAUGCGCUUGUAUACGAGGCCUGCCAACGACAAUUCCAGCAUCGAGGCUAUUGUUUACGGACCGACUGUGCUUUGCGGCGACUACGGUGAUUCGGCAUUGAGCUCAACCCCAACACUGGCGCUGGACACGGUGAGCAGAGUGGAAUCCGAUUCGACACUGGCAUUCACCGCGCUUGCAAAUGGCCAAAACGUCACGCUGACUGCCUUCUAUGAGGCCCACGACUUCAACUAUAAUGUAUACUGGGCGACGACUGGGGAGUUGUCGGUCGAGAUAUAG